AUGUCCCCACUACGACUCACAAUCGAAAAUGGCCGUUUCCGGGAUUCUCAUGGCCGUGAAAUUACUCUUCGUGGAAUAAAUCUGGCUGGUGACGCCAAGUAUCCCAGCAAGCCUAGUCAGCCUUCGCAUAUCCUCGAGGACUUUUAUAAUGGAGAUCAUGUCGACUUCCAUUCGCGCCCAUUUCCCCAGGAAGACGCACAUCUUCAUUUCUCGCGCUUAAAGCGUUGGGGUUACAAUACAAUACGAUAUGUUUUCACAUGGGAGGCAAUAGAAUCAGCAGGACCCGGCAUAUAUGACGAAGAAUGGAUUCAGCAUACCAUUGAGAUUCUGCGGUUAGCAAAAGGUUAUGGCUUCUAUAUUUUCAUGGACCCUCAUCAGGACGUCUGGUCAAGGUUUUCUGGCGGAUCAGGCGCUCCAAUGUGGACUCUCUAUGCUUGCGGGCUUGAUCCUGAAAAGUUCGCGGUAACAGAAGCGGCAGUCGUGCACAAUACAUAUCCGGAUCCUGAGAACUUCCCUAAAAUGAUUUGGUCUACAAAUUAUACUCGCUUGGCUUGUCAGACAAUAUUUACAUUCUUCUUCGCGGGUCGGGACUUUGCGCCGAAAUGUAUCAUUGAUGGUAAGAACAUCCAGGACUACCUUCAAGAUCACUUCGUAAAUGCUUGCGCACAUCUUGCAAGACGAAUACAUGAAGCAGGAGAUCUCGAGAAUGAAGUGGUAAUUGGCUGGGAAAGUAUGAAUGAGCCUAACCGGGGGCUUGUGGGCUGGGCAGAUAUUUCUACCAUACCAAGCGAGCAGAAAUUACAGAAAGGAACAUCCCCAACUGCAUUUCAAGCCAUGUUGACUGGAUCUGGAAGAGCAUGCGAAAUAAGUACUUGGGAUUUCGGAGGGAUGGGACCAUAUAAGUCUGGUCAGGUUCUUGUUGAUCCCCAAGGAGAGACAGCAUGGUUACCAUCAGACUACGAUGAGUCGAGAUAUAGUUACAAGCGAGACCCUGGUUGGAAGCUCGGAGAGUGUAUCUGGGCUCAGCAUGGCGUAUGGGAUCCAUCAAUAGAUAGUCUAUUGAAGAAGGAUUAUUUUAAGAAGAAUCCCAGAACAAAGAAAGACAUCAGCUAUGAAGAGUUCACAAACUCAUAUUAUAUGGAUUACUACAGAAAACACCGAGACGCUAUCAGAGCUCAUCACAAGGACUCAAUUUUAUUUUGUCAGCCACCGGUGUUGGAAAUACCUCCAUCAAUCAAGGGUACUAAAGAUGACGAUCCUCUCAUGGUCUAUGCGCCUCAUUACUAUGAUGGAGUCACUCUUAUGACCAAAAAGUGGAAUCGUUUCUGGAAUGUUGAUGUCUUUGGCAUCUUGCGAGGCCGAUAUCUCAGUCCUGCAUUUGCUAUAAAGCUAGGAGAGACAGCAAUCAGGAAUUGUUUCCGAGAUCAACUUGCAGCUAUAAAGAAAGAGGGUGAAGACUAUAUGGGGAAUCAUCCAUGUGUUUUGACAGAAUUUGGUAUUCCUUAUGACAUGGAUGAUAAAUAUGCUUACAAAACUGACGAGUCCACAGUAAAUCCAGGUAAUUUAAAAGCCGCAUUAAGAACCCCCUCAAUUUCAUCGAAGCAAACUGAUAGCCCUCCUGAACUCACCAAUUCCCCUGGUUACCGAGCCGCCGAAGCCUACGUUCGUCCAUCCCCCAUUGCAACCGUUGGCAAGAUUCUCAAUUACGGAUUCGAUCUUCGAAGCUGUAUCUUCACAUUCCGACUCCACGCCGGCGAAGCAGCAUCCGAAGAGGCACCAACGGAAAUCUCUCUCCCCGAAUUCCAUUUCCCGAAGGAUAAAUGUGAGGUGGAAGUUAGUGCGGGGAAAUGGACAAUUAGUACGGAUGACGAGGAUGGUGGGAUGAUUCAGAGACUUAGAUGGUGGCAUGGGGAGGGUGAACAAUCUAUUAAAAUCACCGGGGUCAUGAGACGACAGAAUGUGAAGCUGGGGAAACCAGAAGAAGAAGGUUAUUAUGAACAGUGUCAGCAGACAAAGAGUUGUCAGUUGAUGUGA